AUCCUUCUUCGUAAACGCCGUGUGUGGCUCACCUUCCGCCUCGCUCGUUCUCUACGCCUCGCUCCCUCUGUUCGUGCCUUCCUCCUCUCAAAACCCAUUCCGGUCUCCUCGUCUCGCUUCUCUUCUCUCCCUCCUUUAAACCCUAACUAAACCCGCUCAUGUGCCUUCGCUUUCCGUCCAAUUCGCCACCAUGCCGCCCUCUUCCAUCAGUCAGGAGCCAUCCAGUCUCCUCGAUCUCCAAUGCCUUCUCCCCCUCGACUCCUUUCUAGGUCGAAUUUCCUUUUUCCCUACUUCUUCCUCCUCCUCCUCCUCCGUCCCCCUUAGCUUACCCUUGUGUUCCGCCCCCCCGAGCAGGAGGAACCGCCGGCCGGCCGCUCUCGCCUCGCUCUCCGGAGGGGCGCCGUUAUCCUCGUCGAGGCUCCACCGCCUCUGGGGCGAGUUCAAUCGGUUCUUGCGGCUCCACUGCGAGCGCCGUGUCCCGAUUGGGUUCGGCUCGAUCGGUGUCUCGAAUGAUGAGAUCCGGUUGGAUGGUGAGGGCCCCGCGGUCGUCGAGGACGACGGCGUGCCGGUCAAUGGAGUGGCAGAGUACGAGAGGCCCAAAAAAGUUCUGAUCUUGAUGAGCGAUACUGGCGGAGGACAUCGGGCGUCGGCGGAAGCCAUCAAGGCCGCCUUCAAUCAGGAAUUCGGAGACGAGUACCAGGUGUUCGUGACGGACCUGUGGACCGACCACACCCCAUGGCCGUUUAAUCAGUUGCCUAGGAGCUAUAACUUCUUGGUAAAGCACGGUGCUUUAUGGAAAAUGACAUACUAUGGCACCGCCCCUCGCUUGGUGCAUCAACCUCAUUUUGCGGCAACCUCAACAUUUAUAGCUCGAGAAGUUGCCAAAGGGUUGAUGAAGUACCAACCUGAUAUUAUUAUUAGUGUACAUCCUCUAAUGCAACAUGUUCCGCUUCGUAUCCUAAGGGCAAAAGGUCUGUUGAAGAAGAUCAUCUUUACUACGGUUGUGACAGAUCUGAGCACAUGCCACCCGACAUGGUUCCAUAGGCUCGUAACAAGAUGCUACUGUCCUUCUUCUGAAGUGACAAAGAGGGCAUUAAAGGCUAGACUGCAGCCUUCACAGAUCAAGGUCUAUGGCCUUCCAGUGCGUCCUUCUUUUGUUAAGCCAGUGCCACCUAAGGCUGAACUAAGAAGGGAGUCAGGCAUGGAUGAGGAUUUACCUGCUGUUUUAUUGAUGGGAGGAGGGGAAGGAAUGGGCCCUAUCGAAGCUACUGCCAGGGCACUUGGUGAUACAUUGUUCAAUGAGAAUCUUGGAGAACCCUUAGGUCAGAUCCUUGUAAUCUGUGGUCGAAACAAAAAACUUGCCAACAGAUUGCAGUCGAUUGACUGGAAGAUUCCUGUUCAGGUAAAAGGUUUUGUUACUAAGAUGGAAGAAUGCAUGGGUGCUUGUGACUGCAUAAUAACCAAAGCAGGACCAGGAACUAUCGCAGAAGCCAUGAUCCGUGGUCUCCCUAUUAUUCUAAAUGACUAUAUUGCAGGGCAGGAAGCUGGCAAUGUUCCUUAUGUUGUGGACAAUGGAUGUGGAAAGUUCUCAAAAUCACCAAAAGAGAUAGCAAACAUUGUUGCACAGUGGUUUGGUCCAAAAUCUGACGAGCUAAGAGCCAUGUCUCAAAAUGCUCUGAAAUUAGCACGCCCAGAAGCGGUUUUUAAGAUUGUUCAUGAUCUUCAUGAGUUGGUGAGACAAAGAACUCUGGUGCCUCAGUACUCUUGUUCCACCUGACCUUACUAUUAUCAUACUUCACCGAUCUGAUGAUCUGAGUUGUCGGCAAUCUUGUGAUUCAUUUUCAACAUUUUUUCUGUAUCAAUCAAAAUAAUCCUUUUGCGUGCUUUUUGCACUUUCA